GAUUUGACAGUUGCGAUUUUUGUUGCACAGGGGAUGGAUGUGUUAUUGGUGUCUGGGAAAUCAUGUAAAUUCCGAAGUUAUUAAAUUUAAAGAACAAAUACUAUUGUAUUAAAUUUAAACACUUGAUGGAUUACUAAGUGCCUUUAUAGUGCAAUUACUAAAGAUUCUGUGAUAAUUAGACUAGUUGCCAGUUAAAAAUGUCUAUAACAAUGACGAAAAAACUUAGUGAAUGCUCCACAGAAACAUUACAGUUUAUGGCAAUAGAAAAAGUAGAAGAAACUUGUGUACAAGAUAAAGAACAUUGCAAUGGAACUACAUUGCUGCAUAGAGGUAAAAAGUUAGAAGACAAUAACAAUUUAACAAAGGAAGAUAUUGAGUACAUAAACUAUAGACAACUAUUGAAAUAUGAAGAGGCGCCCGUGUAUCUUCAGCACAAUCCAUUCAUAAGAGAUGGAUAUAGGAAACUUUUACCCACUAGAUUAUGCUGGGAAAGCAUAUUCUGGUGGACCAAUGAGACAAUGAACAUAUGGACACAUAUAUUCGGUUUUUUCUUAUUGCUAAUGCUGACAAUCAAUGACCUCGCCAUCAUAAACAUUCACGCAACGGUUACCGAUAAGACUGUGGCAGGGAUACUCUUCUCGUGCUUCCUGAUAUGCAUGGCGUCGUCGGCGCUGUACCACACGUUCUCGUGUCGCUCGGAGCACGACUACAACACGUUCCUCAUGUACGACCUGUUCGGUAUCGCGCUCUCGCUGCUCGCCAUAUACACCUCGGGCGUCUACUACGCCUUCUGGUGCAACCACUACCUGAAGACGUUCUACAUGCUGUCGGUGACCAUCAUCUUCACCGUGGCGAUGGUGCUGCAGAUCCCGCGCCUGGCGGUGCCGUACCCCGUCAAGAUGUGUGUGUUCAUCGGCUGGGCCGCGUACGGCGUGCUGCCCACCAUGCACUGGACCUACGUCAUGGGCGGCUUCCACAACCCCAUGGUCCAGAUCUUCUUCCCCCGGGUGAUCGGGAUGUACAUAAUCAGUGGAACAGCGUUCGCUAUUUACGCUUUCAAGAUACCGGAACGCUGGUAUCCAGGAAAAGUGGACUACGUCGGUCACUCUCACCAGUGGUGGCACGUUCUGGUGCUGGGAGCUCUGUACUACUGGCACAACACAGCCAUGAUGUACGUCCAGUACAGGAUGAACCACGGGUGUGCCAACACUAUGAGGAUAUUCUAGGAUGUUCCAUGCGUUCAAUAGGGUUUUUUAGACUAAUAUAAAUAAGCAAGCACUGUAACAAUAUAAACGAUAUUGUUCACAAUGAUUAAUAAAUCUCAUAGUUAAUAAAAUUAAAUAAUUUGGGCUAAGGUGGCUUAUACACCUCUGUACAAGUAGCAAAGGUGAUUUAAAGCGAAAGUUUUUAGGAAUAAUAAUGUCACCGAUUUAAUCUUAGACCAUUAAUACGUCUAGAUAAACUGUCACAGUUGUGAAAACGAAAGAAAUUGAGUUUGACAGAAGAAGUGUUGAUUAAUGCACGCACACAAAGUGACAUACAAAUCCCGAAUGUAAGACGUAUAUUGUCACGCUCACUAAAGUAAUAAACCUGGCCUAUUUUCAUCGGUUGUCUUACAGCAACAGGCUCUAUCUAGACGUAUAAAUUAAAUAAGGGUUUUAAAUUACUCUAGAAUCUUGAUUUUUUAUUUAACUGUGAUUUUGCACUACAAUGGCAUAUUAAUAAUUAAUUGCUCAGUCAUUCAUGACCAAAAUAAUGUUUUGAUUUUGAAAAUGUUUGUAACGCGAUUAUGACAGAUGACAGUUAAUAUGACAAAUAGUUAUAGUACUUCAUGACAGUAGGUAGUUAAACAUAAACAAUAUUUUUUAUUUACACAGACUUUGUAAUUAGGGUCAAACCUUGAAUUAAUGAAGUUGAGGACUUAAGACAGUUUAUAGAUCCUGUUAACAGUUCCCAAAAUAGGUUCUACUUUAUGUCAAAAAGGGUCUGUUUCACAAUGUAAAGUAGCGAAUUGUCAUACGCUAGAUGGUCACAUUAAAGUUCAGAAUAAGACAGAUUGUGUUUCACAAUUACUUCACCGAUGUGUUUAUAAAUAAACACAUCGGUGAAGGUUUACGAUAAAUCGUAAAAAGUUAAUAAAGAAAGGUAGGUAAUAAAAAAUCUUAGUAUCAUUAAUAAUUAAGCUUUUGAUACAAUUAUUAUGUCAAUUAAUUUGCAAUAUUUUUAAAUAACCUUUCUACAACUAAAAUAUAAAAUAAUUAUGUAUAUAUAUAUAUAUAUAUAUAUUUGUAUUUUCGCCAAAAAAAAGAAAACAAAGAAUAGCUGUCUUAAAAAUAUCAAAAAUAUUGAUUAAUUGUAAAUAAGACAUUAAAAAUUAUUCAUUGAGCUGGAAAACUAAAAAAAAUAAUAAACCUCACAAAAAAGUCACAAAGUGAAAAAAUAUACAUUUUACUAAAUAAUAAAGAAGACUACAUAUACAUAAAAAAUUGAAGGAAGUAUAUAAUAUAUAUAGAGAAAAUUAAAUAAAAAUUAUAAUAGUGGUGCUUUUGAAACAUUGCAAGUUGUCUAUUCGUAAGUUUACUCGGCCAUUGUGAAACAAACCCUAAAAUUACUGUAGAGGUAACUAACAUUAGUUGAAUCCGCCAAUAUUUGACUGAAAAUGAAGAGAAAAAAAAAUCAAAAUCAUGAUUUUGUUCUCGACUAUUACUUCCUCCUAAAACUAAACCAAUUAUAACGAGAUUUGGGAAAAUUAAUGGGAAGAAAAUAUUCUGUGUCGGACUCUUUUAAAGUUCCCGAUUAUUGUUCUGGGAUUUAUAUUAUUUUUAAAAGCCUUCUGUUUACGGUGACUAUGUACUAGCUAGCUACUUAUAAAACAAACACAUCAGAAUAAGAUAUCAUAUUAAAGAACUUGGAGUUGCCAAAAAAGUGCCUUAUUAAUAGGUUGGGUCUGUGGUGCUACAAAAUGUCACUUGCUCAAUGAUGCUCAAAUGUCAACUGAAAUGAUAACGGAAGGUUUGAAAGAAAAAUUUAUUAGAUUUCGAAUUGUCUAGUAUUACGAUCGAGUCUCGGUUGACAACUAUGGUAUUACUGUUUUUAUUAUUUUUUUAUUAGUGAAAUUGCUCAGUUAUUUGUAAGAUACCAAUUAUGAAUGACAUUUAGGCCCUUCGCACAUCACGAUACUCCGUGGCGACGAGUGUCCCACGCGAGUCUCGUAGGACAUGUCUAGUGCACAUACUCUUGUAUAGUGCACGCGCGCUACGUUCUCGGUUUUCUUCGUACAAGUAUCGCCAUACCAGUCGUGUCGUUCACUUGCGUACCGCGUUUUCUUAUAUCGGCAAAAUGUCGGCGGAACAGCAGUUUAACAUUAAAUUUACAUAUUAUAAUGUCUAGUUAAACUCUAAAUUGACUGAAUAUAUAGAUAUAUUGCAAAUCUUUUUUCGUCACCGGCUUCUUUUGUUUUUAGUGGCGUCAUGUACCAACUACGAAUCUCAAAUAACGUACAAGUAUAUUUUAUUGGUGUUUGUUCUAGUGAGUAUCGUAAUGUAUGGAGGGCUUAUUACUUCUAUGUUAUCAGCGCAUUUAGAAUUAAAAUAUAUUUUGUCUGCCUUUAUAUUUUAUUCCUGAUUAUUAUAAUAUACUAUAUAUUUAGACUAUAAGUGAGUAUUUAUUGUGUUUUAUAUCUUUUUAAGCAUUUUUAUCACCUGUGAUGUAUUUUUCUGUUACUUUUACACGUUACCAUAUUAUUAUGAUUGCAAUCUCAGGGUUGGGAAAGGAAUGGAAUGAAUUAAAUAUUUUUACCAAUU